AUGGGGCCAGCAACUGGGGCGGCUGAGAGUAAAGAGCCGCUGCAGGAGUUGCGUGUUGAUGGGAACGGACACCUGGAGACCGGAUGGUGGCCAGAACCUUCUCGUAAUGGCAAGAAAUGUAACUACAAGAAACAUACAGUUGUGCUCACAGUCGCCCUCGCAGUUGUCUCCUUAUGUCUCAUUGCUGCUGUUGUCCUGGCAGUGCUCCUAUUCACGAGUUCUUCGGAUGGUCGAGCCACCUCUGCUCUCCCCUCUCAGGGACCCCCUUUAGUCACCUGUCAGGGGCCCCCUUUAGUCCCCUGCUGCCCGGAGGGGUGGGUCGGAUACCGAGGGAAAUGCUACUAUUUCUCAGAGGAAGAAAAGAACUGGGAUUCUAGCCAGUACUUCUGCUCUUCAUUCAAUGCUUCCCUGGCAGUGAUUGACACCCAGCAGGAAAAGGAUUUCAUGAUGCGCUAUGCAGGCCUCGUUGAGCACUGGAUCGGCCUCAGGAGAGAAUCAGACCAGCCCUGGAAGUGGGUGAAUGGAACCAUAUUCAGCCAGCAGCUGUUUGAAGUAAGAGCAGAAGGGAACUGCGCGUAUCUGAGUGACGUCUUUGUGAGCUCUUCCAGGUGCUAUUCUCUGAGAAACUGGAUCUGUAACAAACCUGAUGCAUUUACAAAGGGAAAGGAACAUGCAGUAGAGAGAGACUAG